CAUGAUAAUUUAGGAGCUGAUGCAUUUGCUUUGCUCUUGACCAGCGUUUCUGAGGAGGGAAGAGUUGGAGGCUUUGCUGCUAAGGAAAUUAAUUAAAUAUCACUGGUGUGAUCCAAAAAACGUUGCAGAAACAAUCCACAGUACAGGCCCAUGCUGUGCAGAACGCAAAUAAUCGUGUUGCCCUAAGUUUGUAGGUGACAGAAACCUCAAUAUGGCGGAUGAUGAAGAAGUUGAGGAGUAUGAGUACUAUUAUGAAGAGACAGUCAUUGAAGAAGGGGGAGUUGAGGAGCAACCACCCAGUGGCCCAAUGGCCCAAUCUGCUGCUCCUGCUGAAAAGAAGAAGAGAAUUAAGAAAAAGGUGGAUACGUCAAAGUUCAUGACUCCGUAUAUUGCGCACAGCAAGAAAAUGCAAGACAUGUUCAGUCAGAAUAAAUAUAAAGAGAAAUAUGAGCAACAUCGGGGAGAGCCAUACGCCAGCACUAUCGACACUCCGGAACUCAGGCGGAUCAAAAAAGUCCAAAACCAGCUUAGUGAGGUGAAGUACCGUAUGGAUGGCAACGUGGCUAGAACCAAUUGUCAUGUUGAUGAAAAAGCCAGGGAUAUUGAGCAUGCCAAAAAGGUGUCAAACCAAGUGAGCAAGAUUCUGUACAAGCAGAAUUGGGAGGACACUAAGGAAAAGUACAUGCUACCUCCUGACGCUCCUGAGCUUGUGCAGGCGGUGAAAAACACUGCAAUGUUCAGCAAGAAACUGUACACAGCAGACUGGGAAGAGGAUAAAUCCACCUUUUUUCCAUAUUCUGAUAGUCCGGAGCUGAGGAGAGUGGCUAAGGCACAGAAGGCGCUGAGUGAUAUCAAUUAUAAGAAGGGACAUGAUGUACAGAAGCUUCAGUUCACGUCACUGGCCGAUCGACCUGAUAUUGAAAUGGCCAAGAAAGUGACUCAGCAGCUGAGUGAUAUAAAAUAUCGUGAGGAUUACAAGAAGAAAGUGAAAGGAAAAUGGAGUCAGACUCCAUGCUAUGAAGUUGCAGUUGCCAGAAUGAACGCCGAUAAUCUGAGUGAUAGGAAAUACCGUGAAGACUUUGAGAACAUUAAAGACCAAAUCAACUUCAUGCAAACGGAAACUCCAGAAUACCGGGUCAACAAGAAGGCCAGGCUGAACGCUAGCACGGUGCAGUACAAAGCAGAUUACGAGAAGUCCAAGGGACCCACAGCUUACCACACUCUUCCUGCCACAGAAAAUCCAUUACUGCGACAACUCAAAAAAGCUGGAAAGGCCCAAAGUGAUAUAUUGUACAAGGAAUCUUAUGAAAAAGCCAGAGGAACCAGUAUUAAUUAUUGUGACACCCCAAAAUUUCAGAUUGAUAAUGUCCUAAAGAACUUCACAGAUCUUAAAUACAAAGAUCAUUACCAGAGGAAUGUUCAGGGACAUUAUAUUGGCAGCUAUGAGGAUACUUAUAUGCUGCACUGCGCUAAAGUCUCCAGUCUAAGAAGCGAUAAAAAUUACAAAGCCGACUAUGAAGAGGAUAAAACCAACUUUUACUUCCCCCAGACGAUAACUCAGGAAUACGAGGCCACCAAGAAACUAGAUAUGUGUAAAGAUUAUGUCUACAAAAAGCACCCGGGUACCAAUAAAUUCACUCAAGUGGUUGAUUCCCCAGAAAUGGUCCAAGCACAAGUGAAUUCCAAGCAGCUAAGUGAUCUGAAUUAUAAAGCAAAGCAUGAAAAUGAAAAAUUCAAGUGUUCUAUUCCAGCAGAUUCUCCCUUCAUCCUCCAGUCCAGACUUAACGCAUACAACCUCAGUGAUAAAUGGUACAAAUAUGACUGGGAUAAAUGCAAAGCAAAGAAGUUUGACAUUAAAAUUGACGCUAUUCCAUUGGUUGCAGCGAAAGCGAAUAGGAAGAAAGCCAGCGAUGUGGCAUACAAGAAAGAUUAUGAAUUGAGCAGAGGAAAGAUGAUUGGAGCCCUCAGUAUCCAAGAUGACCCCAAGAUGCUACACUCUCGGAAAGUGGCUCAUAACCAGAGUGAUAUUGAAUACAAAAAGGAUUAUGAAAGAACAAAGACCAAAUACUCUGCCCCUCUGGAUAUGAUACCAGUCCAGUUGGCUAAGAAGGCCCAAGCAAUUGCCAGCAACCUGGACUAUAAGCACCUCGUUCAUAGCUACUUCUACCCCCCUGAUAGUGUCAGUCUGUCAUUAGCCAAGAAAGCCUACAACAUACAGAGUGAUAUUGAUUAUAAAUCAGAUUAUAAUAGCUGGGUGAAAGGCUGUGGAUGGGUGCCAUAUGGAUCCAUGGAUGUUGAAAAGGCUAAAAAAGGUGGCCAGAUACUUGAUGAGAAAAAGUAUCGCCAGCAUCCAGAUACUAUUAAGUUCACUUCAAUAGAAGAUGAUCCUGUUAUGGUCCAAGCAAAAAUCAACCAGAAGCAAAGGAGUGAUAUUCUAUACAAAGCAGAAGGCGAGAAGGUUAUUCACAAAUACUCAUUACCUGCAGAUAUUCCAGAACUCCUCCAAGCCAGAGUGAAUGCCUAUAAUCUCAGCGAUAAUUGCUACAAACAAGGAUUAGAAGAGUUAAAGGCCAAAGGAUAUGAUCUAAAAUCUGAUGCUAUAUCCAUCAAGGCUGCAAAAGCUGCCAGAAAGGCAGCCAGUGAUGUGCAGUAUAAGAAAUCUUAUGAGGAACAGAAAGGCAAACUUAUCGGUUUCCGAAACCUCCAAGAUGAUCCCAAACUUGUUCACUACAGGAAUGUGGCCAAAAUUCAGUCUGAACGGGAAUACAAGAAAGAUUAUGAGAAGUCAAAGACCAAAUACAACACUCCACUAGAUAUGGUCAAUGUGGUGGCCGCGAAGAAGGCACAAGACAUUGCAAGUGGUAUCCAUUAUAAACAGCCCACCCAUCACUAUACCUUCCUUCCAGAUGCCAUGAGCAUUGAGCUGUCCAAGAAGAUGAUGGAAAUACAGAGUGAUAACAUCUACAAGUCUGACUUGACCAGCUGGGUGAAAGGCACUGGAUGGAUCCCCAUUGGGUCUCUCGAUGUUGAGAAAGCCAAAAAGGCAGGAGCGGCUUUGGAUGAAAAGAAAUAUCGCCAACACCCUGAUACCAUCAAGUUCACUAGUGUCACUGACUCUCCAGUCAUGGUCCAAGCUAAAACAAAUGCGCUCCAGCUCAGUGAUAGACUGUACAAAUCGUCAGGAGAAAAGACUUUGCACAAAUACCAUUUAACUCCCGAUGCCCCUCAGUUUAUCCAGGCCAAGUUUAAUGCAGCGAACAUUAGUGAUAGUUUAUACAAGCAGGACUGGCAGAAAACCAUUGCCAAAGGACAUCAUGUUUUGGGAGAUUCAAUUCCUAUUGUGGCUGCAAAAUCUUCAAGAAAUAUUGCCAGUGAUUACAAAUACAAGCAAGCGUACGAGAAAGCCAGGGGACAUCAUAUUGGCUUUAGAAGCCUCCAGGAUGAUCCUAAGCUUGUGCACUUCAUGGCCGUGGCCAAGAUGCAGUCAGAACGUGUCUACAAGAAGGACUAUGAAACCUCCAAGACCAAGUAUCACACUCCUCUAGACAUGGUCAGCAUCACAGCUGCUAAGAAGUCCCAGGAGGUGGCCACCAGUAUCAAUUACAAGCAGCCAAUACAUCAGUACACCCUUUUGCCAGAUGCGAUGAGUGUAGGGUUGUCCAAGAACAUGAUGCAAAUUCAGAGUGAUAAUGUGUAUAAAGAAGAUUACAACAGUUGGUUCAAAGGUGUUGGAUGGUCUCCUUUGGGUUCUUUGGAUGUGGAAAAAGCUAAGAAAGCUGGUGAAGCAAUAAGUGAGAAGAGGUACCGACAACACCCAGACACUAUCAAAUUCACAAGUGUCCCAGAUUCUAUGGAAGUCACUCUGGCGCAGUACAACACGAAACAGAGGAGUGACAUCACAUACAAAGCAGAGGGGGAAAAAGUAAAACACAAGUAUACGCUGAAUACAGAUGAUCCUAAUUUUAUUCAAGCCAAAGUUAACGCACUUAAUAUGAGCGAUUCUUACUAUAAAGCUGAUUGGAAUAAGCACCUCGCUAAAGGUUAUGAUCUCAAACCCGAUGCAAUUUCUGUUGUCGCUGCUAAGGCAUCCAGAAAUAUUGCCAGUGAUUACAAAUAUAAACAAGCCUAUCAAAAAGCCAGAGGUCAUCAUGUGGGAUUCCGCAGUCUUCAAGAUGAUCCCAAAUUGGUCCAUUGCAUGCACGUUGCCAAAAUCCAGUCAGAUCGGGAAUAUAGGAAAGACUACGAAAAGAGCAAGACAAAGUAUCACACGCCUCUGGAUAUGUUCAGCGUCACUGCGGCUAAGAAAUCACAAGACAUUUCCUCCAACAUCAACUACAAGCGUCUUAUCCACUCUUAUGCCCUCCUUCCCGACGCCAUGAACCUCCGUCUGUCCAAAAACAUGAUGGAUAUCCAGAGCGAUAACCAGUACAAGGCAGAUUUUAACAACUGGAUGAAAGGAGUCGGUUGGGUUCCGAUUGGUUCCCUGGAUGUUGAGAAAGCCAAGAAAGCUAAAGACAUCCUCAGCGAGAAAAAGUACAGGCAGAAUCCGGAUCAAUGGAAAUUUUCUAUUCCAAACGAUGCAAUGGAUCAAGUUCUCGCAAAGGCAAAUGCACUGACAAUGAAUAAGAGACUUUACACUGACGCCUGGAAUAAAGACAAAACUAAAAUCCAUGUGAUGCCGGACACUCCAGAAAUUAUCUUGUCUAAGUUUAACCAGAUAAACAUGAGUGAUAAACUGUACAGACAGGCCUGGGAAGAUGGCAAGAAGAAGGGUUAUGACUUAAAGCCAGAUGCUAUAUCCAUAAAAGCAGCUAAAGCCUCACGAGAUAUUGCCAGUGAUUACAAAUACAAGAAAGCCUAUGAAUUGACCAGAGGAAAGCACAUUGGGUUCCGAAGCCUCCAGGACGAUCCAAAGUUAGUGCACUUCAUGAAAGUGGCCAAGAUGCAGUCUGAGCGGGAAUAUAAGAAAGAUUAUGAGAAGUCCAAGACUCGGUUCCACACUCCUGUUGAUAUGUUCAGCGUUACUGCGGCCAAGCUAUCCCAAAACGUGGCAACUAAUACCAAUUAUAAACAUCUCAUCCAUACCUACAAUCUGCUGCCUGAUGCCAUGAGUCUUGAACUAUCCAGAAACAGAAUGCAAAUACAGAGUGAUAAUGUGUACAAGUCUGACUACAAUGACUUUGUUAAAGGCGUUGGGUGGAUCCCCUAUGGAUCUCAAGAAGCCGAGAAGAACAGGAAGGCUAUGGAUAUCAUCAGCGAGAAGAAAUACCGCCAGCACCCAGACACUCUCAAAUUCACCAGCCUUCCAGACUCCAUGGAGUUAGUACUGGCAAAGAGUAAUGCUCAAAUCAUGAAUAAACACCAAUACACACAAGCCUGGGAAAAAGAUAAGAGAACAAUCCAUGUUAUGCCAGAUACACCGGAAGUUCUUUUGGCAAAGGCUAAUGCUGUCACUAUGAGUGAGAAACAAUACAAGCAAGCCCUGGAGGAAUCCAAAAAGAAAGGAUAUGAUCUCAGGAUUGAUGCCAUUGCUAUCAAAGCUGCAAAAGCUUCCAGGGACAUUGCUAGUGACUAUAAAUACAAGAAAGCAUAUGAAACAGACAAAGGGAAGAUGGUCGGAUUCCGCAGCCUGCAGGACGACCCCAAACUUGUGCACUUCAUGAAUGUAGCCAAGAUGCAGAGUGACCGGGAAUACAAAAAAGACUACGAGAAGACUAAAACCAAAUACCACACUCCUGUGUCCAUGUUUAGUGUCAUGGCGGCAAAGGAGGCCCAGAAUAUCGCCUCUAACGUGCAUUACAAAAAUCUCAUCCAUAAGUACAUCCUGCUGCCAGAUGCAAUGCAGAUCCAGCUGGCAAAGAACAUGAACCAAAUCCAGAGUGAUAAUGAAUACAAAACAGACUACAAGACGUGGUACAAGGGCACAGGCUGGAGCCCGCUGGGUUCUCUGGAUGUUGAAAAAAGCAAGAAAGCUUCUGAAAUCCUGAGUGAAGCCAAAUAUCGCCAGCACCCCAGCAAGUUUGCGUUCACCAAGCAGAUGGAUUCCAUGGAUCUGGAGCUAGCUAAGCAGAAUGCUAUUGUUAUGAACAAGCGCCAAUACAUUGAUGCCUGGGAGAAAGAUAAGACAAAGAUCCAUGUGAUGCCAGACACACCUGAUAUACUGCAGGCAAAGCAGAACAUGAUCACUUUUAGUGAGACACAGUACAAGGCUGGAUGGCAGGAAGCAGUUAAGAAGGGCUAUGAUCUCAGACCGGACGCUAUUUCUAUUAAAGCAGCAAGAGCGUCCAGAGAUAUUGCAAGCGAUUAUAAAUACAAACAGGCCUAUCGUAAGCAACAGGGCCACCACGUCGGGUUCCGUAGCCUACAGGAUGAUCCCAAGUCAGUAUGGGCCAUGCAUGUGGCCAAGAUUCAAAGUGAUAGAGAAUACAAGAAGGACUUUGACAAAUCGAAGACCAUUUUUAACCUGCCAGUGGACAUGCUGGGCUUCCUGUUGGCUAAGAAAUGCCAGGCGCAGGUCAGCGACAUUGACUAUAAACGACUCCUGCACAACUGGACUUGUCUGCCUGACCAGACUGCCUUUGUCCAAACAAGGAAAAUGAAUGAGCUACAGAGCGAUAAUAUCUACAAGGCAGAUUAUAAUGAGUUUAUGAAGGGUGUGGGUUGGAGUCCUUAUGGAUCCCAGGAAGCCGAAAAGAACAGGAAGGCCAUGGAAAUCGUCAGUGAGAAGAAAUACCGCCAGCACCCAGACACUCUCAAAUUUACCAGCUUGCCAGACUCAAUGGAGCUUGUUUUGGCAAAGAGUAAUGCUCAGAUCAUAAACAAGAAACUUUAUACAGCAGCAUGGGAAAAAGAUAAGCAACGAAUUCACAUCAUGCCGGAUACCCCUGAGAUCUUACUGGCAAAGGCAAACCUGAUCAAUAACAGUGAUAAACUCUACAAAGCCGGAUAUGAGGAGAUAAAGAAGAAAGGUUACGAUCUUCGCGUUGAUGCCAUAACAAUCAAGGCUGCAAAAUCAUCAAGAGACAUUGCCAGCGAUUACAAAUACAAACAAGCCUAUCGCAAACAACAAGGACACCACGUCGGGUUCCGCAGCCUACAGGAUGACCCCAAGUCUGUAUGGGCCAUGCAUGUGGCCAAGAUCCAGAGUGACAGAGAAUACAAGAAGGAAUAUGAAAAAUGGAGGACCAAAUUCAAUACACCAGUUGAUAUGCUGGGAAUACUGCUGGCCAAAAAAUGCCAGACGUUAGUCAGCGACAUUGACUAUAAGCACUUACUUCACAAAUGGACCUGUCUGCCUGACCAGAACGAUGUGGUACAUGCUAGGAAGACUUAUGAGCUGCAAAGUGAUAUUGCUUACAAGUCUGAUCUGCAAUGGCUGAAAGGAGUUGGGUGGUCUCCUGCUGGUUCUUUGGAAGAAGAAAAAAACAAACGAGCAACAACCAUAUUAAGUGAAAAGAAAUACCGCGAGCACCCAGACAAAUUCCGCUUCACCAGUGUACUCGACUCCUUAGAAAUGACUCUAGCAAAGAACAAUGCAGACAUUAUGAAUAAGCGCAUGUAUACUAAUGCAUGGAACAAAGAUAAGACACAAAUCCAUAUAAUGCCCGAUACACCAGAGGUUCUUCUUGCAAAACAGAACAAGCUUAACUUCAGUGAGAAACUAUACAAGCAAGCUCUGGAGGAAUCCAAGGUGAAAGGUUAUGAUCUGCGUCCAGAUGCCAUAUCUAUAAAGGCAGCCAAGGCAUCCAGAGACAUCGCCAGUGAUUACAAAUACAAAACUGCAUAUAGGAAACAACUAGGACACCAUGUUGGGUGCCGCAGUCUGCAGGAUGACCCGAAAAUGGUUUGGUCCAUGCAUGUGGCUAAGAUCCAGAGUGACAGGGAGUACAAGAAAGGCUUUGAAAAAUGGAGGACCAAAUUCAACACCCCAGUGGACAUGCUGGGAAUUCUGUUGGCUAAGAAAUGCCAGGUGUUGGUCAGUGACAUUGAUUAUCGCCGUCCUCUCCACCAGUGGACUUGCCUUCCUGACCAGAAUGACGUCAUCCAGGCCAGGAAAGCCUAUGAUCUGCAGAGUGACAAUUUAUACAAAGCGGAUUUACAAUGGAUGAAGGGCAUUGGAUGGGUUCCAAUCGGUUCUCUGGACGUUGAAAAGGCAAAGAAAGCUGGAGAGAUAUUGAGUGAUAGUAAAUACAGACAGCAUCCAGACAAGAUCAAAUUCACCAGUGUCGCAGACUCAAUGGAGAUAACCCUAGCAAAAGCAAAUGCUGAUAUAAUGAACAAGCGGCUGUAUACUGAAGCCUGGAAUAAAGACAAGACCUCUAUCCAUAUUAUGCCCGACACACCAGAAAUUGAGCUGGCAAGACAGAACAAGCUGAACUACAGUGAGAGCUUAUAUAAGCAAGCUUUGCAAGAGUCAAAGAAAAAGGGGUACGACUUGAGAAUUGAUGCCAUACCAAUCAAGGCUGCCAAAGCCUCCAGAGAUAUUGCCAGUGAUUAUAAGUACAAAACCGGAUACCGCAAGCAACUGGGACACCAUAUUGGCUUCCGCAGUUUACAGGAUGAUCCAAAGUCUGUAUGGGCCAUGCACAUUGCCAAAAUUCAGAGUGAGAGAGAAUAUCAUAAGGACUUUGAGAAGUGGAAGACGAAGUUUAACAUGCCUGUGGACAUGCUGGGAAUUAAACUGGCCAAGAAUUGCCAGACCUUGGUCAGCGACAUUGAUUACAGACGGCGCUUGCACCAAUGGACAUGCCUGCCAGACCAGAAUGACGUCAUCCAUGCUAGAAAGGCCUAUGAGCUCCAGAGUGAUAACUUGUACAAAUCAGACCUGCAGUGGCUGAAGGGAACCGGAUGGGUUCCCAUUGGCUCGCUGGAAGUAGAGAAGAACAGAAGGGCAGGGGACAUUCUAAGCGAUAAGAAAUAUCGCCAGCAUCCAGAUACUCUGAAGUUCACCAGCGUGACAGAUUCCUUGGAAAUGGCCCUUGCAAAAGCCAAUGCUGAAAUCAUGAAUAAGAAACUGUACACAGAUGCUUGGAACAAGGAUAAAACUACAAUCCACGUGAUGCCGGAUACCCCAGAGAUUGAACUGGCAAAGGCAAAUCAGUUGAAUUGCAGUGAGAAACAGUACAAAAUUGCCUUAGAAGAAAGUAAGAAGAAAGGUUAUGAUUUACGUAUUGAUGCAAUCGCUAUCAAGGCAGCCAAAGCUUCAAGAGAUAUAGUCAGUGAUUACAAAUACAAAGCAGCGUACCGCAAGCAGCUAGGUCAUCACGUUGGGUUCAGAAGUCUUCUGGAUGAUCCCAAAUCCGUGUGGGCAAUGCAUGUUGCCAAGAUUCAGAGUGAACGGGAGUACAAGAAGGACUUUGAGAAGUUAAAAACCAAGUACAACAGCCCUGUGGAAAUGUUAUCUGUUCUCUUGGCCAAGAACUGCCAGAAACUGGUCAGCGACAUUGACUACCGUCACCAUCUUCACCAAUGGACAUGUCUACCAGACCAGAAUGACGUCAUCCAGGCCAAGAAAGCAUAUGAACUUCAGAGUGAUGCGAUCUACAAAUCCGAUCUGGAGUGGCUCAAAGGCAUUGGUUGGGUCCCGGUUGGUUCCCUGGAAGUGGAGAAAGCCAGGAAGGCAGGAGAGAUAUUGAGUGAGAAGUGCUAUCGUCAGAAGCCAGACACUUUGAAGUUCACAUCUGUCACUGACUCAAUGGAGCUGGUUCUUGCAAAGAAUAACGCUGAUCUCAUGAAUAACCGUCUGUACACUGGAGCAUGGGAAGCUGACAAACGAACCAUUCAUGUCAUGCCGGAUACACCAGAGAUUUUGCUAGCUAAGGCUAACUCUGUAAACAUUAGCAAUAAACUUUAUACCCAAGGUUGGGAAGAGACCAAAAAGAAAGGAUAUGACUUGAAGUCUGAUGCCAUUGCAAUAAAAAAUGCCAGAGCCUCCAGAGACAUUGCUAGUGACUACAAAUACAAAGCAGCGUACCGCAAGCAACAAGGACAUCACGUUGGGUUCAGAAGUCUGAAGGAUGAUCCCAAAUCUGUGUGGGCCAUGCAUGUCGCCAAGAUCCAGAGUGACCGGGAGUACAAGAAGGACUUUGAGAAGUUAAAGACCAAGUACAAUAGCCCUGUGGAAAUGCUGUCUGUUUUGUUGGCCAAGAACUGCCAGAAACUGGUCAGCGACAUUGACUACCGUCACCACCUCCACCAAUGGACAUGUCUGCCAGACCAGAAUGAUGUUAUCCAAGCAAGGAAAGCUUAUGACUUGCGCAGUGAUUGGCUAUAUAAGUCUGAUUUGGAAUGGAUCCGUGGCUGUGGAUGGAUUCCUAAUGACUCCCUGGAAGUGAACAAAGUAAAGAAAGCGCAGGAAAUCAUUAGUGAACAUCAGUACCGUCAGCAUCCAGACACCAUCAAAUUCACCAGUGUUGUUGAUUCUCCAGAAAUUGUUUUGGCCAAACUGAAUGCUCAUCAGAUCAGCAAUAGCAUUUACCGAGAUGCCUGGGAUAAGGAGAAGACUCAAUUCCACUUGCCCUCUGACACUCCACAGAUGGUGCAAUCGAAGCUCAACGCUAUUCAAAUUAGCAAUAAACAAUACCAGCAAGGCUGGGAGGAUUCUAAGCAGAAAGGAUAUGAUAUACGAUCUGACACCAUUGCCAUCAAGAGUGCCAGAGCAUCCAGAGACAUUGCUAGUGAUUAUAAAUACAAAGCAGCGUACCGCAAGCAACAAGGUCAUCACGUUGGGUUCAGAAGUCUGAAGGAUGAUCCUAAAUCCGUGUGGGCCAUGCAUGUCGCCAAGAUCCAGAGUGACCGGGAGUACAAGAAGGACUUUGAGAAGUUAAAGACCAAGUACAACAGCCCAGUGGAAAUGUUAUCUGUUGUGUUGGCCAAGAACUGCCAGAAAUUGGUCAGCGACAUUGACUACCGUCACCACCUUCACCAAUGGACAUGUCUGCCAGACCAGAAUGAUGUUAUCCAAGCAAGGAAAGCUUAUGACUUGCGCAGUGAUUGGAUAUAUAAGUCUGACAUGGAAUGGAUCCGUGGCUGUGGCUGGUUUCCCAAUGACUCCCUGGAAGUACUCAAAGUGAAGAAAGCGCAGGAAAUCCUCAGUGAGCAUCAGUAUCGUCAGCAUCCAACCACCAUGAAAUUCACCAGUAUCGUUGAUGGUCCUGAAAUUGUACUGGCCAAGACCAAUGCUCUUCAAAUCAGUGGUCAUUUGUACAGAGAUGCAUGGGACAAAGAGAAAACAAAGUUCAGCCUCCCUUCGGACACGCCACAGAUGGUCCAGUCCAAGGUCAAUGCCGCAAACAUCAGCGAGAAACUGUACAGGAAGGACUGGGACAAGUCCAAGAAUACGUAUGAUAUAAGAGCAGAUUCUAUCCCAAUCCGUAGUGCGAGGGCUUCCAGAGACAUCGCCAGUGAUUACAAAUAUAAAACCGCCCAUGAGAAGCAGAAGGGUCACUACAUUGGAGCCCCCUCUGCCAAGGACGACCCUAAACUGAUGUGGUUGAUUAAAGCCGGCAAGCUUCCAAGUGACUUGUUAUACAAAAAGGAUUAUGAAAAAACAAAGACCAAGAUUCAUAUUCCAGUGGAUAUGGUGUCCAUUCAAACAGCCAAGCAAAACCAGGCAGCUGCCACUGAAAUAGAUUACCGCCAUUACCUGCACCAAUGGACAUGCCACCCCGAUCAGAAUGACUGCAUUCAGGCCAAGAAAGCAUAUGAAUUGCAGAGUGAUAAUAUCUACAAGUCUGAUCUUGAAUGGAUUCGUGGAUGUGGGUGGAUGCCCAAUGAGUCGGUGGAAGUUAAGAAAGUAAAGAAUGCCCAAGACAUAUUAAAUGAACGUCUGUACCGUCAACCAGCCAGCAACAUUAAAUUUACCAGCAUCGUAGAUCUUCCAUCAGUUGUCCUGGCAAAGGUCAAUGCCGACCAAAUCAGUGCAAGCAAAUACAAAGAAGCCUGGGAACAAGACAAGAGGACCAUCCACAUCAUGCCGGAUACUCCUGAAAUCGAACUGUCAAGAAAUAAUGCUAUAAAUGUCAGCGGGAAACGCUACAGAGAAAGUUGGGAUAAGGUGAAAAUGAUCUAUGAUCUCAAAUCUGACGCUAUUGCCAUUAAAGCAGCCAAGGCUUCCAGGGAGAUUGCAAGUGAUUAUAAAUACAAGCUAACGCAUGAAAAACAAAAAGGUCAUUACGUUGGAACUCCCACCGCUCAUGAUGACCGCAAACUGGCAUGGUCCCUGAAGGCAUCUAAACUUCCAAGUGAUCUAUUAUACAAGAAAGACUUUGAGAAGACAAAGACGAAGGUGAACCUGCCUGUAGAUAUGGUGUCCAUCCUCUCAGCCAAGCAGUGCCAGACACUGGUCAGCGACAUUGAUUACCGUCGCUAUCUGCACCAGUGGACCUGCCUUCCGGACCAGAAUGAUGUCAUCCAAGCAAGAAAGGCCUAUGACCUUCAGAGUGACGCUCUCUACAAGUCAGAUCUGGAAUGGCUGCGUGGUGUUGGAUGGAUGCCAAAUGAGUCUUAUGACGUCAAGAGGGUUAAGUUUGCACAAGAUAUCUUGAGCGAGAACAAAUAUAGAACUAAGCCAGAAACUCUCAGCUUUACGCCAGUCACCGACAGAGUGGAUUAUGUCUCGGCUAAGCAAGGUGCAGAGAUUCUGAGCGAUAUUAAAUAUCAUGAAGCUUGGAACAACAUUAAGACAAAGUACACAGUUGUGAAUGAUUCCCCAUUGCUGAUAACGGCACGGGAGGCAGCCAAGAAUGUUAACAACAAACUGUACAAAGAAGGUUGGGAGAAUAUAAAGGCCACCGGAUACCUGCUGCCGCAUGAUGCAGUACAGAUAACGCAUGCUAAGAAGAGCGCCAUUGCUUCAAGCGAGCUGAAGUACAAAGCUGAUUACAUCAAACAAAGAGGUCACUAUGUUGGCGUUCCAAACGCAGAAGCCGAUCCCAAACUCAAGUGGUUCAAGCAUGCCAACCUGAUCCAAAAUGACAGAGAGUACAAAAAGCUGUAUGAAAAACACAAAUCUAAAAUAAAUAUUCCUUUUGACAUGGUAUCAAUUGAAACAGCUAAGCAAGGGCAGCUACUGAGCAGUGGUAUUGACUAUCGCCAUUACCUUCACCAAUGGACAUGCCACCCUGAUCAGAAUGACUGCAUACAAGCCAGGAAGGCCUAUGAUCUGCAGAGUGAUAGUAUCUAUAAAUCUGACCUGGAAUGGAUCCGUGGAUGUGGCUGGAUUCCACUUGACUCUGUAGAACAUCAAAAAGUGAGGAAGGCUCAAGAGCUGGUGAAUGAGAGAGCCUAUAAGAAGGAUGCAAAGGAUAACUUUGCCAGGUUCUCUCAUGUGGUUGACCCCCCAGAAAUUGUGCUUGCCAAACUCAACGCUGUCAACCAAAGUGAUCUCAAAUACAAAGAAACCUUUAACUCGGAGAAAGGCCAUUACAUUGGGUCUGCAGAAACUCCUCAGAUCACUCAUUCCAGGGACAUGACCAAGCUGACUAGUGACAAAUUAUACAAAGAUGCAUGGGAUAGCACAAAAGCAUUGGGAUACCAACUGGAUGCCAAAUAUAUACCCAUCGUCGGUGCCAAGCACGCUAAAACGGUUUCCAGUGAACUAAAAUACAAAGAACACCAUAUGAAGGAAAAAGGCCAUUACCUUGCUGGUGCCCACAUUGGUGACUUCCCCAGUGUUGUGCAUUCGUUAGCCUUCCAGAAGAUGAGGAGCUUGCUGGGCUACAAGAAGAAUUAUGAAACCAACAAGGCAAAGAUCAAUAUUCCAGGGGACAUGCUCAACAAUGUCCUUGCCAAGAAAUGCCAACAGAUCCUCAGUGACAUUGAAUAUCGUCACUAUCUCCAUGAAUGGACAUGCCUCCCCGAUGAGCAAGGUGUCAUUCACGCCAGAAAAGCCCAUGAGAUCUUGAGUGAUGUGAUCUACAAAGAUGACCUGACAUGGCUGAAGGGCAUUGGCUGUUAUGUGUGGGACACUCCAGAAAUUGUGCUUGCUAAGAAGUCAUAUGAUCUUCAGAGCCAAAAUAAAUAUACAGCUUCAGGCAAAGAAAACUUCCCGAACUUCAGCGUUGUUACCGACACCCCUGUAUAUGUCACCGCUGUUCAAAGCGCCAUUAAUGCCAGCGAUCGGAAGUACAAAGAGGAUUUUCACAAGACCAAGGAUAAGUACACAACCGUGCUGGAAACUGUGGACUAUAACCGUACCCAGGGCCUAAAGGAUCUUUUCAGUAAUAACAUGUACAAACAAGCCUGGGAAACUGUCAAAGCCACAAGCUACCAGCUUCCUUCAGACACGGUUGCCUUAGCAUUUGCUAAGCAGAAUAAGCACAUUGCCAGCACUCUGAAGUACCGUGAGGAAUAUGAGAAGUUUAAAGCUCUCUACACUUUGCCGAGGGGAAUUCAGGAUGAUCCAAACACAGCACGAUGCCUCAGAGUGGGCAAGUUUCCUCUGGAUCGUUUGUACAGAGAUGUAUAUGAGAAGAAUAAAAGUAAGAUUCACAUUGCCCCAGACAUGAUGGAGAUCAUCACUGCCCGGGAAACACAGAACAAAGUCAGCGAAAUUGAUUACCGAAAACAUCUCCAUGAAUGGAUCUGCCUGCCCGACCUUCAGCUGUAUGUCCACGCCCGCAAGGUCAAUGAUCACGUCAGUGAUAUUGUCUACAAAGAUGAUCUGAACUGGCUGAAAGGAUUGGGCUGCUUUGUUUGGGAUACUCCAGAGAUUCUUCAUGCCAAGCACGCUUAUGACCUCCGCAGUGAUAACAAAUAUAAAGCUAAAGCAGAGGAGAUGAAGAAGACCUACACCUCAGUGAUGGAAACUCCAGUUUACAUCCAGGCUGUCGCCAGUGGGCAGCAAAGCAGUGAUGUUGUGUAUCACACUGAUUAUGAACAGAAUGUUAGAGGAAAGGUUAUAUCAACCACAAACACAAUUGAAUUGGACAGAGCCAGCAAUGCCAAUAAGAUACGCAGUGACAACCUGUAUCGUGAAGCUGGUAUCAGCAACCUCCCUAAGGGUUACAGUCUUCCAAAGGACACCCCAUCCAUUAUACUUGCCAAGAAAGCUCAGGCAAUCGGUAGUGAUCUGAAAUAUAAAGAAGUAUAUGAGCAUCUGAAGGCAAAGUCUUACACUCUGGCCCCGGAUAACGUCAGCCAUGUGAACAUACAGAAAGUGAACAAGAUCCUUAACGAGAGGCUCUAUCGCCAGGUGUACCACAAGCAAAAGGAUAAAAUCCACACCACCCCAGAUACUCCGGAGAUCCGCCAAGUGAAGGCCACGCAGGAAGCCAUUAGUGAUCUGGUGUACAAAUCAGACUACUUUAAAAUGCAAGGUCACAUGAUCUCAAUGCCGUACACCCCACAAACCAUGCAUUGCCGCUAUGUUGGGGAAAUAACCAGCGAUAAUAAGUACAAAGAAGACUUAAACUGGCUGAAAGGUCUUGGGUGCUUCUUGUACGAUACCCCUGACAUGGUGCGGGCUCGUGGCCUCCGCAAGCUGUGGUCCCACUACACGUACACUACCCCUGCCAAGAAGAUGCUGGAUAAAUACAGUGUGGUCUUGGACACACCUGAGUACAGGACCGUCCAGGAGUUAAAGACACAUCUCAGCCAGGUCGUGUACAGGGCGGAAGGCAACAAACAAAAAUCAAUCUACACAUCAGUUCUCAAUACUCCAGACUUCCUAAGAGCAAAGGAGGGCCAAAAGAUUCAGAGCCAGUACCUGUAUGGAGAGGUCGCAUCUAAAGAGAGACCACACCACCAUGCCGGAGGACAGACUCCAGCCCUGAACCUUGCUAAACACUUGAAGGACCUGAUCAGUGAGAAAAAAUACAAAUCACAGUACGAGAAGCUGAAGCACAAGUAUACAUCCAUCGUGGACACGCCCAUCAUUUUGCGGGCUAAGAAGGCCUAUUUAAAUGCUAGUGAUCUCCGCUAUAAAGAAACAUUUGAGAAUGCCAAGGGCAAGUACCACACAGUGAAAGAUGCCCUGGACAUUGUCUAUCACCGCAAGGUUACCGAUGACAUCAGUAAUGUAAAAUAUAAAGAAAAGUACGUCAGCCAGUUGGGCGUUUGGAGGUCCAUUCCCGACCGCCCGGAGUAUUUCCAUCAUCGCGCAGUCACCGAUUCAGUCAGCGACUUCAAAUACAAAGAGGACUUGACAUGGCUGAAGGGCAUUGGCUGUUAUGCCUGGGACACUCCUGAUUUUACCCUUGCUGGACAAAACAAGGCACUCUACAGUGGGUACAAAUACCGGGAGUCCUUUGAAAAGACAAAGUCGGUUUUCAAGUACACCGCUGAUACUCCUCUGUUUAAUCAUUUCAAGUAUGCAACUCAGCUGGCGAAUGAGAAAUUGUACAAAGCAGCUCAUGAGAAGGAGAAAACACACUACAGCGUUGUGGUGGAUGAUCCUAGGCACCUCCUGGCUAAGAGUGCAAGUGAACAGAUUAGCCAGUGGAAGUACAAGGCGCAAUAUGAGAAGCUAAAGGACAAAUUUACCUCAGUGAUCGACACACCAGAGCACAACAGAGCCCAGAAAGCUGGAAAACAGAUCAGUGAUAUUGUUUACAAAAUGGAUUGGAAUAAAGUUAAAGCCAAGUCCUACACAACAAUCCAUGAUACCCCAAUGCUCCUACAUGCCCGGAAGGUCAAGGACAAAAUCAGUGAGCUGAAAUAUAAAGAACUGUAUGAGAAGAGCAGAGGACACUGUACUCUGGUGCCGGAUGCUGUACAGAUCAAGACAGCCCAAGAAGCCUACAAAUCCAUCAGCAACCUGAAUUACAAGAAAAAGUAUGAGGCAACAAAGGCUCAUUGGCAAUGGACUGUUGACAGGCCAGACUUUUUGCAGAAUGCAAAGGCAUCUCUUCAGCAGAGCGAUUAUGAUUACAAACUGGACAGAGAGUUCCUAAAGGGAUGCAAGCUCUCAAUCACUGAUGACAAAGAGACUGUCCUGGCUUUGAGGAAUGCAAAAAUGAACAGCAAUGUGAAAUACAAAAAGAAGUAUGAGAAGGGAACAUACCAAGGAGAGUUUGGAAUUGUUGCAGAUACACCCCAGAUCAUCCACGCAAAAUCUGUCAGCGCCCUUGUGUCUGAGAACAAAUACAAAGAAGAAGUAAAGAAACAUCUGUCACAAGGCUCAUUCACCACCCUCCCCGAGACACGUGACACUGCCCAUGUGAAAGAAGUGACCAAGAUUGUCAGUGAGAAACAUUAUAAAGAAAAGUUCCAGAAGGAGAAGGGCAAGUCCAAUUACGCAAACAUGCAGCAACCCCCUGAGGUGCAGCAUGCCAUGGAGGUUGCCAAGGCCCAAAGUAAUUUAUCUUACAAGAAGGAUGCCAAGGCCAACCUAAAUUACACCAGCAUUGCUGACAGGCCUGAUAUUCAGAAGGCAACGCAGGUGGCUAAGCUAGUCAGUAAUAUCCAGUACAAAGCUAAGGCCCGUGAGGAAGCCGGUCGUGGCACCACUAUUCUUGGCCGACCAGACAUUGAAUUGGCUCAGGAAGUGUCCAAACUGACAAGCCAGGCUGAGUAUACCAAAGGAAAGAUGUGGGGACAUGGAGCAGCAUCUUAUGACACUCCCAUGAUGAGGACACUUAAGAAAGCUAAUGCGCUUACUAGUAAUAUAAAAUAUAAGGAAAGCUUUUCUAAAGACAAAAGGAAGAGGCCUCAAUAUGAUCUCAAAGAGGCCAAGAUUUACCAGACGUUGAAAGAUGCCAAUACACUUGCUAGUGAGGUUAAAUAUAAGGCAGACCUGAAGAAGCUCCACAAACCAGUGACAGAUAUGGCGGAAUCUCUCAAUAUGCACCAUAUAACAAGUACAAGCAAACUAUCCAGUGAUUACCAGUACAAGAAGGAAUUUCAGAAGAGUAAGGGUCACAACCAAAUGGUGCAUGAUACACUUGAACAAGUACAUGUAAAGGAAGCAACAGAACUGCAGAGCAUAGUUAAAUACAAAGAGAAGUAUGAAAAAGAAAGAGGUAAAGCCAUGUUGGACUUUGAGACCCCUACCUAUGUUACAGCCAAGGAGGCUCAACAUAUGCAAAGUGAUAAAGAAUAUAAGAAAGACUUGGAAGAUUGUAUUAAAGGCAGAAACCUUACUGGCUUGGAGGUUACGCCAUCAUUGUUACAUGUCAGAUAUGCUACAAAAAUAGCAAGCGAGAAAGAAUACCGGAAAGAUUUGGAUGAAACUAUCAAAGGACGAGGCCUUACUGCUUUGGAAGAGACUCCUGAGCUAAUAAGAGCUAAGAAUGCAACACAAAUAUUAAAUGAGAAAGAAUAUAAAAAGUCACUGGAACUGGAGAUCAAGGGAAAGGGUCUAACAACUCUGGCCACAGAAACGCCAGACUUCAUGAGAGCAAAGAAUGCCACUGAUAUUGCCAGCCAGGUGAAAUACAAGCAUUCCGCAGAGAUGGAGAAAGCCAACUUCACAUCUGUGGUGGACACACCAGAAAUUAUCCAUGCACAACAAGUCAAGAACCUUUCCAGCAAGAAAAAGUACAAGGAGGAAGCAGAAAGAACCAUGUCUUAUUAUGUACCAGUAUUCGACACCCCAGAAAUGCAGAGAGUCCGUGAAAAUCAGAAGAACUUUAGUACUCUACAGUACCAGGGUGACCAUAUGCAAAGUAAAGGAAAAGUUACAGUGGUUAAAGACACGCCAGAAAUUCUGCGUGUUAAAGAAAAUCAAAAGAAUUUCAGCUCGAUUUUGUACAAAGAAGAAGUUGGAACGGGAACAUCUAUUGGGCACACCCCAGAGAUGGAGAGAAUUAAAAGAACACAGGAUGCCAUUAGCACGAUUAAAUACAAGGAAAUUAUUGGAAAAGGAACUUCCAUUCCUGAUCUCCCAGAAGUGAAACGCGUAAAGGAGACCCAGAAGAACAUUAGCUCGGUCAUGUACAAGGAAAACUUGGGGCAGGGGACCCCGACACCUGUGACUCCUGAGAUGGAGCGGGUCAAACGCAACCAAGAAAACAUUAGCAUGGUUAUGUACAAAGAAAACUUGGGGCUAGCAACACCUGUACCUGUGACUCCUGAGAUGGAGAGAGUAAAACGCAAUCAAGAAAAUAUUAGCUCGGUUAUGUACAAAGAAAAUUUGGGGCUAGCAACACCUGUACCUGUGACUCCUGAGAUGGAGAGAGUAAAACGCAAUCAAGAAAAUAUUAGCUCGGUUAUGUACAAAGAGAACUUGGGGACAGGAACCCCCACACCUAUCACUCCAGAGAUGGAGCGGGUCAGACGCAAUCAAGAAAACAUUAGCAUGGUGUCAUAUAAAGAAAAUUUGGGGAAAGCUACACCAACGCCUGUCACUCCAGAGAUGGAGAGGGUUAAACGCAACCAAGAAGCGAUUAGCUCGGUAUUGUAUUCAGACAGCUUCCGGAAGCAGAUACAGGGAAAAGCGUCUUUUGUGCUGGAUACUCCCGAAAUGAGACGUGUUCGUGAAUCUCAACGCCACAUUUCAUCGGUGAAAUACCAUGAAGACUUUGAAAAGCAGAAGGGAAGCUUCACUCCUGUGGUCAGUGACCCAAUAACAGAAAGAGUAAAGAAGAACACCAUCGACUUCAGUGACAUUAGCUACCGCGGAAUUCAGAGAAAGGUCGUGGAGAUUGAACGAAAGAGAAGCGAACAAGAUCAAGAUGCCACAGAUCUUAGAGUCUGGCGUACAAAUCCAGGAUCAGUGUUUGACUAUGACCCAGCAGAAGACAACAUUCAAUCAAGAAGCCUUCACAUGCUUUCUGUUCAAGCCCGUCGCAGCCGUGAGCACUCCCGUUCUGCUAGUGCUCUGAGCCUCAGCGCUGGGGAUGAAAAAUCUGAGCCAUCUGAUCCGGCUGACCAUCACCAUUCCUAUUACAGCAAUGGUGGCAUCUUUACAACCACUGUAACAGGCCACAAGGAAAGUUCACAUAUACUGUUUUACCAAGGUUACAAGCAAGCAAAAACUACCGAACUUCCUCAACAAAGGUCUUCAUCUGUGGCCACCCAGCAAACAACAGCGUCAUCCGUCCCAUCGCAUCCGUCCACUACUGGAAAAACCUUCAAAGCCAUGUAUGACUAUAGGGCAGCGGACAACGAUGAAGUAUCUUUCAAAGAUGGUGACGCCAUAGUAAAUGUCCAGACCAUAGAUGAAGGCUGGAUGUACGGAACAGUCCAGAGAACUGGCAAGACUGGCAUGCUUCCAGCUAAUUACGUGGAAGCCAUUUAAUAAACUAAUGAAAUCAUCCUCCAGCAGUGAACUCUGUAACGCUGCACAAAUAAAUCAGUGGAGGAGCAACCACCACCACCACAUUGAAUUCUCUUGCCUUAUCUCUGAAAUAAAAACUAACCAAUUUAAAAGUAUUAACAUCUUCUGUAUUUUCCUAACAUCGGACUGAUCUGCGACCUUAUAAAUAGAUUUUUCUUCUUUAGAGUAACACCAGCAAACACCAGGACUAUAUAGAUUGUCCUUGGUAAUUCUAGACUGACAUGUUAUGGUAAGAUAACUUGAACUGUGCCUCUCACCACCAUAACUAUUUGUCUAUUCAAUGUUUCUUACUGUACACAGACUUGACAUACUUCUUGGAAUUGUAAAAUCCACCAUUAUACAUUGUUUUAAGCAACUGCCCUAGGAUAUCACAAAAAGGAAGAGCCUCUCCCUUCCUCUGCUUGUGAACGCUGCUUGCAUAUGAUUAUGUUCUAGGGUCAAUAACCCAUACUCCCUGUACAUUAGUGAACAAUAAAGCUGGGGUUUCUGCAGUA